AUGUACUACUCGCCAUUUGUAGUUCCUGUUGCAAGGUACGAUAAGGCCAACUAUAUCCAGCAAUCUGUUGGCAUGAGAAUGGCUAUGAUGUUUGAGACAGAGGAGUCAAGCAAGCGCAGAUACACUGGUACAAUUGUGGGAGUUAGCGACUCUGAUCCGAUGAGAUGGCCGAACUCCAAAUGGCGCAACUUGCAGAUUGAAUGGGAUGAACAUGGAUACGGAGAAAGACCCGAGCGUGUGAGCAUAUGGGACAUUGAAACUGCGGAGAACACUAUAGCGUUCCCUUCUGCAUCACUGAAUUCAAAGCGACAAUGCCUGCCUGGUUAUGGAGUACCUGGGCUAGAUAUUGCAUCUGUACAUAUGUCACCAUUUCAGAGGGCACCUGGAAAUCCAUAUGGUAACUUGCAGCACAUGCCCGCCGUUGGAUCGGAAUUGGCUAUGAUGAUGUUUCUGAAUCAAUCUGGCCAAAACAUAGGGACUCCACUCAGUUGUCACCAGUCCUCUUAUUCUAGUAUUAUUCAAAAUGUCAAGCAAAACUACAUGCCUCCUUCAACAUUUGGUCAUCCCAUUGGUUCAAUAAAGCCAGAAAGCAUGCCUUCCAAUGAAGUCCAGCAGCAGCAGCAGUUGCAUGCUCCGAAGAUGCAGAGAGGCGAUUCAGAAAGCUAUGAGGUUCAGCCUGCCACUGAUUCAGUGUCUGCGUCGGAGCUACAUGUUGCAGGAAGAGAGCCAAGAAACGCAGAUAAAUAUCCAAGUCAAAGCAGUUCGGAGCAAAAUGGCAAGGGUAAGCCUAGAGUCAAGCCUCGGAGGAGCAAGAAAGGCUCAUCUGGCAAAACCAUUUCAGAGAAUUCUGAACUUUCUUCGGCACCUUCAUGGAUUUGCGAUGACCAACAGCAUGUUUCAGAAGCAGAGCUAGUUAGUUGUGACACCAAACAUGUUAACUGUGGUAACAAUGAAGGUUCAUCUGGUGCACUUACUCAUGGUGAUUUUGCUGGACAGCUGCAGUGUCAGCAGGUAGAAAAAAAUGAACUAGUGUCACCACCAAAGUUGGAAUCAUCAAUAUCACCUGAUGGAGGGAAGUCAGUCAACUCAUUUCCUAACCAGGCGUCUUUUUCGCAGUUCUUCGACGCCUCAAAGCUUGAAGAUUACUUCUGA